CCUGUCUGGGCAUGAUCGUGGGCAUGCUUUCACGUAUGCAAGUAAGCACAAGCGUAAAAAGCAAAGCUGGCAAGUCUCCUGAAACUUGGCGACAACUGAACUUGGGCAAAGUAUGCAAGUGCUCGCGCACUUCUCAAAUACAUGGAUGGCAGCUGUUGCGUGACGAGAGCAGUCAAGUUCGGCCACAUUAUUUCAAAGGCCCUGAAG